CUCGGUGGGAGACUCGCUAAUCGGACAGUGCACUCGGCACCGACCGCUGUUGAUUGGCCGAUUGGAGGGCGGCGCUCGUUGGAGCGGCACAGCCGCCCUGGCUGGCUGGGAAAGAAGACAGAGGACACAGUGGCAGGAGCGGUGAGGUCCGUCAGCUUCCCUGGAAAAUCUCCCGAGCAGGAGAGCAGUGGUUUCUUUAGGACGGUGAGAGGAGCUAGUGAUGGCAUCAACAGUCUCCUCGCUGCAGCUCGCGCUAAUAGCAGCGGUAUGCAGUUGCCACCUGGUGCCGACGGAGGCCGGGUUUCCAUGGGUGGAGCCCACAGAGGGCGAGCCGUGGCCGGCGCCGCAGCAGGCCGACAUGUACCCCUCCUUCUACUUCGUCAAUCCCGCCAAGAUCCGCUUCAGGACGACUCGCCACAGCUGUGCCGACCUGGAGGACGCCAUCGGCAGGACCCUGCAGACACUACGUGAUCUGGCGGCGUCGCACGGGGUCAGGGCAGGGCGACGGCCGAGGAGCGUGGUCUCCGGGUCGUUGCGUGAGAGGAGGACGAGGGUCGCGGCCUCUGCAAAUAGGAGGCGCUCGAGAAAACGCGGAGAGAGCCGGCGGGCGUCAUCACCACGACUGCACCACGAUGUGGAGGUCUGGAUGGACGGCAUGUGCGACGAAAAGAUGAUGCCAUCUGCUACCAUGGACGAGCAGUACAGCAUCAAGAUUAACGUCCCCGACUCUCCGGGCCGCGCGCAGAUCAUCUCCGACAGCCUCUGGGGCGCCUACCGUGGCCUGGAGACGUUCACCCAGCUCAUCUACUUCUCCGAGAAGCACGGCCAGUUCCACCUGCGGCAGGGAAUAAUCCGCGACUUUCCGCGCUACGCCCAUCGGGGCCUCAUGCUGGACACCUCGCGUCACUUCCUCAGCGUCAGCUCCAUCAAGGCUACGCUCGAACUCAUGGCCUUCAACAAGUUCAACGUCUUCCACUGGCACCUGGUGGACGACCCGUCGUUCCCCUUCGUCAGUGUCACGUUCCCGAACCUGAGUGGGAAGGGCGCCUACCGUCCCGACAUGGUGUACACUCUGGAUGACGUGGCAGACAUCAUCGAGUUCGCCCGUCGUCGCGGCAUUCGGGUGGUGCCUGAGGUCGAUACCCCAGGCCACGUACGCUCCUGGGGUGCCGGAGCAGACAACCUUCUGACAGUCUGCUACAACGAGACGACGGGUCAGCCGGACGGCACCUUCGGCCCUCUCGACCCGACCAAAGGCAGCACGUACCGCUUCGUCAGGCGGCUUCUGGAGGAGGUGACCACCCGCUUCCCGGACAAGUACAUCCACCUGGGCGGCGACGAGGUCUUCUUUGGCUUCCCCUGCUGGCUGUCCAACCCCGACGUCCAGGCGUGGAUGGAGAAACUCAACAUCUCCACCGCAGAGGAAGUCGAAAAGGCCUACAUGCAGCGUCUUCUGCGUCUGGUGAAGCGUCUCCCCGCAAAGCCCGAGUACGUCAUCUGGCAGGACGUUGUCGACAACAACAUCACCGUCCAGCCGGACACGAUCGUGCACGUGUGGAAGGGCGGCGCGGACGGCUGGCAGCAGGAGGCCGACAAGGUCACCUCACUGGGACACCGCACCAUCAUCUCCUCUUGCUGGUACCUCAACUACAUCAACUACGGCGUCGACUGGCCGCAGUACUACGAGUGCGAGCCGGAGGACUUUAACGGCACGCUGGUGCAGAAGUCGCUCCUGCUCGGCGGCGAGGCGUGCAUGUGGGGCGAGUUUGUGGACGACACGAACCUCAUCUCGCGCACGUGGCCCCGCGCCGCUGCCGUGGCAGAGAGACUCUGGUCGGCCAAGGAAGUCAGCGACGCCGAGGUGGCGCGGCCCAGAAUGGAGGAGCACAGAUGCCGUCUGCUGCGUCGAGGCUACGCCGUGGAGCCCGCUAACGGACCGGGUUUCUGCUGAGCUCGGGUCAGGCAACUGAGGUGAUACCCGGAGCCCGCCAGUGACCGCGUACCUGACUGACCACUGUCCGGUCAGGUCAGGUCAGGUCAUUAACCAAAUCCAGAUCAACAAGCGCUGGCUGACAUUGCUACGGUUAUAAUGUUUGUGCUUUCAUACCCACGAACUAAGAGAUGUUAGCUUUGUAAGGUGUCAAAAAACUUGUCAUUUCUAGGUGGAGAGCGCAAUGUGCCGAUUCAAUAUCCGUGCCGGUUCAAUACCAGUGCAAGCCGUACGUGCAGAUAACCAUCAUAAAGGAUGAUAAAGCAUUGCUGGACCCUAACUAGUGUGUUAUCGGCACAGAGCUAGGUUUGCCGAGGUUGUUUGUAUAAUCGCCGUAAGGUCGGUGAACUUUUUUAGAUAGGCGGCCGUAUGUUUGUAGACAGAAAGAUGACCACCAAGACUGCUACACAAGUGCCCAGGAUAGGAGAAACCAAAGAUAAGCGUUGAAAUGUUCUGCACAUUGUUGUAUUGGUACUCUACCUGCGCUUUGAAGCUCCAAGCGGGAGCAAUAGCGAAUUCACGUAUCAUAUCAUUCAAAAAUGGGUACCUAAAGUAUUUCAGUGCCUGCCAUCUGGCACACAUGGUAGGGUUGCACAUUUAAGUCGAAAAACCUUUUUCGGCGUCUUUACGGUAAGGCUACGUAUGUGUGUAUGCCAACGUUUAAGAUAAAUCAUUAUGUUUUUUCACGAAAUUUUACAACCAAGUGAAUUGAUGUUUCUUACUGUCAUGCUGCUCAAUAUAUCAACUGGAAGCUGCUCGA